UUCGGGGACGUGUUGAAAGACAUUGUUUGAACGAACUUAAAAAUAUACAUGGUGGUGCCGAGCGGAGACUGCGAUGAAUCAUGUAAUGUGAAUUACGAAAUUUGAGUGUUUGAGCUAGUGUAACUCAGCGUUGGAAUUCGAAUGUUGUACUUGUUAGAUGAAAUGGAAUUGUGAAGACCAAUAUGAAAAUAGAUGAUUUGCCAUUUUCGAAUGGAUCGAAACACAUAGAACCAAUAUUUGGCAAUAAAGCAGACCUGAUCGAUCCACCCGAAAACCAGCAAACAAUUUUUCAAUCUUACUAGUACUAGCACAAUGUCAUUUUUCUCCAUUUAGGAUCAAACGUCGACCAGUGGAUAAAGCUCGCUAGCAAAAAUAUUUCAGUGACCGGAAAAGGAAUUAUUUGAAACGAUUACGGUGAAGGUUGUACCGUACUCAAGUUAAUCAGUUCCGAUAACGAAAAAAACAAGAAAACAGUACUAGCGUUUCAAAUGUGAACCCGGUGUCACCUGCACGAAAAGUGAACUGAAAAUAUUAAUACCCUUCAACCACGAAACGGUACCAAGAGCACAUGAAGUGACCGGUGAGACCUGUGUCUUGUGUUCGUUUUUGUUAGGUUCUAUGUUUUUGGUUGAAAGAAUAUUUUGAAAUAAGUAAAGUGUGCCGAAAUAUCCACCCACAGCGAAAGGUGCCAGUAGACAGCAAUCAUGGCGGAAGCGGAAGGAGGGUCAGAGCAGGAUGAUGUUUCAUUCCUGCGGACGGAAGACAUGGUCUGCCUGUCCUGCACGGCAACCGGAGAACGUGUGUGCCUGGCGGCAGAGGGUUUCGGCAACCGGCACUGCUUCCUCGAGAACAUCGCCGACAAGAACAUCCCGCCGGACCUGUCGCAGUGUGUGUUCGUGAUAGAGCAGGCGCUCUCGGUUCGUGCUCUGCAGGAGCUGGUGACGGCCGCCGGUUCCGAGACCGGCAAUGACUCGGUAGGCAAGGGAACUGGAUCCGGACACCGAACUUUGCUGUAUGGUAAUGCAAUCCUGCUACGUCACAACAACAGCGAUAUGUAUCUAGCGUGCCUUUCCACGUCGUCUUCCAACGACAAGCUGUCCUUCGAUGUAGGUCUGCAGGAGCACAGCCAGGGUGAAGCAUGCUGGUGGACAGUACAUCCGGCGAGCAAACAGCGUUCCGAGGGUGAGAAGGUUCGCGUUGGUGACGAUCUGAUUCUGGUCUCGGUUGCAACUGAACGUUAUCUGCACACGACUAAGGAGAACGACCAAUCGAUCGUCAACGCUAGCUUCCACGUCACGCACUGGAGCGUUCAACCGUACGGAACCGGUAUCUCUCGCAUGAAGUAUGUCGGUUUCGUGUUCGGCGGUGAUGUGCUCCGGUUCUUCCACGGUGGCGAUGAGUGUCUAACGAUACCGAGUACAUGGGGAGAAGAUCCUGGGCAGAAUAUGGUCAUCUACGAAGGCGGUUCCGUCUUGUCGCAGGCUCGAUCAUUGUGGCGACUGGAGCUAGCUCGAACUAAAUGGGCCGGUGGUUUUAUCAAUUGGUCCCACCCGAUGAGAAUUCGUCAUUUGACAACGGGCCGCUACCUGGGUGUCAACGAUAACAACGAACUAAUUCUGAUGCAACGAGACCAGGCAACAACAUCGCAAACUGCGUUCGUGCUGCGCUCGGAAAAGGACGACCAAAAGGUGGUCCUCGAAGACAAAGAUCUGGAGGUGAUUGGUGCGCCGAUCAUCAAAUAUGGCGAUUCCACGGUAAUAAUGCAACAUCACGAGACUAGUCUGUGGGUCAGCUACAAGAGCUACGAAACGAAGAAGAAGGGUGUCGGAAAGGUGGAGGAGAAGCAAGCCAUUCUGCACGAGGAAGGAAAAAUGGACGACGGUUUGGAUUUCUCCCGUUCGCAAGAGGAAGAAUCUAGAACGGCUCGAGUUAUACGCAAGUGUAGCCAUCUGUUCACCAACUUUAUUCGGGGUCUAGAAACACUUCAGGAGAACCGUCGGCACUCGAUCUUUCUGACAAGCGUAAACCUUGGAGAGAUGGUGAUGUGUUUGGAGGAUUUGAUCAACUACUUUGCCCAACCGGAGGAUGACAUGGAACAUGAAGAGCGACAGAACCGACUCCGAGCGUUGCGGAAUCGUCAAGAUCUGUUCCAGGAAGAAGGUGUACUGAACCUGAUCCUGGAGGCCAUCGACAAAAUCAACAUCAUUUCCUCGCAAGGUUUCCUGGCUUCCUUCCUGGCAAGUGACGAAUCCGGCCAAAGCUGGGAUAUGAUUUCGGGUUAUCUGUACCAACUGUUGGCAGCGAUCAUCAAAGGAAAUCACACCAACUGCGCCCAAUUCGCUAACUCUAACCGAUUGAACUGGUUGUUCUCCCGAUUGGGUUCACAAGCCUCCAGCGAGGGUUCCGGAAUGCUGGAUGUGUUGCACUGCGUCCUUAUAGAUUCGCCCGAAGCCCUGAACAUGAUGAGAGAUGAACAUAUCAAAGUAAUAAUAUCGCUGUUGGAGAAACACGGCCGAGAUCCGAAAGUGUUGGACGUUCUGUGUUCACUGUGCGUCGGUAAUGGAGUUGCGGUGCGGUCCUCACAGAACAACAUUUGUGAUUUUUUGUUGCCGGGAAAAAACCUACUACUGCAGACAAGUUUGGUCGAUCAUGUGGCCAGUAUCCGUCCGAACAUUUUCGUCGGUCGCGUUGAAGGUUCCGCCGUCUAUCAGAAGUGGUAUUUUGAGGUAACCAUGGAUCAUAUUGAGCAAACGACGCACAUGACGCCACAUUUGAGAAUCGGUUGGGCUAAUAUGUCGGGAUACGUUCCAUACCCGGGAGGUGGUGAAAAGUGGGGAGGAAACGGAGUUGGCGAUGAUCUUUUCUCGUAUGGGUUUGAUGGAGUAUACUUCUGGUCGGCAGGACGAAGAACUCGUAUCGUGCACGCGGAUAUCGUUGAACCGUUCAUCAAGAAGGGAGACGUCAUUGGUUGUACUUUGGAUCUGAGUGUUCCGGUUAUUCGGUUCACGUUCAACGGUGAACCAGUGCAUGGAUCCUUCACGGAUUUUAAUCUGAAUGGAAUGUUCUUUCCGGUGAUGAGCUGCUCUUCCAAGCUGAGUUGCCGUUUUCUCUUCGGUGGCGACCAUGGUCGUCUGAAGUAUGCCCCUCCGAUAGGAUUCUCACCUCUAGUACAGUGCCUUAUGCCCCACCAAAAUCUAAGCUUGGAUCCUUGUUUCUACUUUGGAAAUUUAAACAAGAAUGUACUGGCCGGUCCUUGGAUGGUGGAAGAUGAUAGUGCUUUCGUACCCAAACCAGUAGACACCACUAGUGUGACCUUGCCGGCCUCUGUAGAAACUAUUAAGGAUAAACUCGCCGAGAACAUCCACGAAAUGUGGGCACUGAAUAAGAUCGAGGCUGGUUGGACAUGGGGUGAGCGUCGUGAUGAUAUGUACAGAGUACACCCGUGUCUGACGUCGUUCGAGAAACUACCGGCUCCUGAGAAGCGGUACGAUUGCCAACUUGCCGUCCAAACGCUGAAGACGAUUCUGUCGUUGGGAUAUUACAUAUCGAUGGACAAACCACCAGCACGUAUUCGUCCAAUCCGGUUGCCAAAUGAUCCGUACAUGCAGGGCAAUGGGUACAAACCAGCUCCGCUGGAUCUUACCGCGGCCGUUCUGAAUGUGAAAAUGGAAGAACUUGUUGAUGCGCUCGCUGAAAAUACACACAAUCUGUGGGCUAAGGAACGCAUCCAGCAGGGAUGGACGUAUGGUUUGAAUGAAGAUGGUGAGAACCGUCGUAGUCCUCAUCUAGUGCCGUACAGUAAGGUGGAUGAAGCUAUCAAGAAGGCAAACAGGGACACAGCUUCGGAAACGGUUCGGACAUUGUUGAUCUAUGGGUACAAUUUGGAUCCUCCUACUGGAGAGGCAAACGAAGCUCUAGCUGCAGAAGCAUUCCGACAGAAGUUCUCCGCUUUUAGGACAUAUCGUGCCGAAAAGACCUACGCUGUUACCGGUGGAAAAUGGUACUUUGAAUUCGAGGUGUUGACCGCUGGUCCAAUGAGGGUCGGUUGGGCACGAGCGGAUUGUCUUCCCGGUAAUAUGCUCGGUACAGAUGAUUGUUCAUGGGCUUUCGAUGGAUACAAUGAAGAAAAAGUAUCUGGAGGUGCAACGGAAUCAUUCGGCAAACAGUGGGUACCAGGCGAUAUAGUUGGUGUCUUUCUUGACUUAGUGGAUCAUACGAUCAGUUUCUCACUGAAUGGUGAACUUUUGAUGGACGCGCUCGGUGGAGAAACCACAUUUGCCGAAGUUACUGCCCCCGAAGGGGUAGGAUUCGUUCCGGCUUGCACAAUUGGAAUUGGACAGAAAGCCCGUCUCGUGUACGGCCAAGACGUGGACUCGCUCAAAUGGUUCACCACGUGCGGUUUACAGGAAGGCUAUGAACCGUUCUGCGUUAACAUGAAACGCGCCGUCACGCAUUGGUACACCAAAGACCAACCGAUCUUCGAGAACAACGAGGACACUCCGGACUGCAAGAUCGACGUUACCCGUAUUCCGGGUGGAGCUGACACACCACCAUGCUUGAAAAUUUCGCACAAUACUUUCGAAACGAUGGAAAAGGCAAACUGGGAAUUCCUACGGCUGUCACUACCGGUUACCUGCGAUGCUAGCUUCAUCGACGAAUCUGAAAAAAUCCGUCGCUGGGAGGAAAUUCGCAUCCGGCAACAUCGACUUCUCGCGGAAGCUGAACAUCAGACUUCGGCUCACUUCGAUCACAUCAUGAAGAGUGGCUUCACCAUGAACGACCUCAAGGGACUGCAGCGAAACUAUUCCGAUGAUGCGGCGGAAGCCGAUGAUGGCAUGCGGAACGGGCCUCAACGUCCAUCACGAACCGCGAGACGGGCGGACGGACUUAGUCCACCAGGUAUCGAAAUCAACGGAGAAAUGCGCUUGUCUGACGGUGAAAAUGCGUACUCCGAUAACGAGCUGGAUGGAGAUGAUAGGAAAAAGCGUGGUCGUAGUCCAUUCCGUCUGUUUGGCAAGAAACGGGAUCAAAGCAAGGAAAAGCUGAAGGAUCGGCGUACUCCCGAACCGGAAUCUCGCCGUGGAACUAUGCAGAAUCGGACCGUAGCUCGAAGCCCCACGACAAGAGCAUCGAACUUAGAUGUCCGUGGACAGGCCGCUAUGAGUGCUGAUCGGAAGUCUUUGGGAAACCCUCAGGUGGAAUCAUUCGGCAAUGAAGUCUAUGACGCCGAUUGUCUCAAGCUGAUCAACGAGUACUUCUACGGAGUUCGCAUCUUUCCCGGUCAGGACCCCACGCAUGUUUACGUCGGUUGGGUGACUACCCAAUAUCACGUGCAUAGCAAAGAAUUCAGUCAGGAUAAAGUUCGUCAUGCGGCGAUCUACGUUGAAGAUGAACAGGAUAAAACUGUGGAAAUUGUCAACCGCCAAUCGUGUUAUAUGGUCCGAGCCGAUGAGCUCUUCAACGAAGUUACGCAGGAUGCCUCUGGAAAGGGAGCAUCGCAGGGUAUGUUUGUAGGUUGCUUCGUAGACACCGCUACGGGAACGAUAAGAUUCACCUGCGAGGGCAAGGAAACGUCACAUGUAUUCCUGAUGGAACCAGAAACCAAACUGUUCCCGGCUAUAUUCGUUGAAGCUACCAGCAAGGAAAUCCUACAGAUAGAGUUAGGUCGUACCCCAACCACUUUGCCACUAUCCGCGGCAGUUCUUCCAACCAGUGACAAACACAUAAAUCCACAGUUCCCACCUAGAUUGAAGAUCCAAUGUCUUAAACCGCACCAGUGGGCUCGUGUGCCGAACACUUCAUUGCAAGUCCAUGCUCUCAAACUGUCCGACAUUCGGGGUUGGUCAAUGCUUUGCGAGGAUCCAGUAUCCAUGCUUGCUCUGCACAUCCCCGAAGAGGAUCGAUGCAUGGACGUGCUGGAGUUAAUCGAGAUGGAUCGUCUAUUGUCGUUCCACGCUCACACACUGACACUGUAUUCAGCAUUGUGUUAUCAGUCCAACUACCGAGCAGCGCAUGCUCUCUGUAAUCAUGUUGACCAGAAACAACUACUUUACGCCAUCCAGUCCGAAUACAUGAGUGGACCACUGCGUUUAGGGUUCUACGAUUUGUUGAUCGCCCUCCAUCUAGAGUCACAUGCUACUACAAUGGAAGUUUGUAAGAACGAAUACAUUAUCCCGCUGGGACCGGAACUCAAAGAUUUGUACGCAGACUCCGAAAUGUGUCACUCACUUCGGUCUCUCCAAACUCUUUCCGUAAGACCCGAAAUGAAUAUGACCGAGAUUGCAUCAUCCACACCCCCACAAUCAAAUAUGCAGGCAAUAGUAGCACCAGAUUCUUCCAGUGAACCAAUACCGGCCAUUGAUACGCUUUAUUCGCCAAGAUUCCCACUCGAAGUGGUACGACAGUUUGUUAUGGCCACCUUGCAGGAGGCCGUCGAGAUUAACCAGGUGCACAACCGCGAUCCUAUCGGAGGUUCCAACGAGAACUUGUUCCUGCCGCUGAUCAAGUUGAUCGAUCGACUGCUGUUGGUUGGCGUGAUCACCAACGAAGAUGUCGGUAAGUUAUUGGUAAUGAUCGAUCCGGAAACGUGGGAUCCGACUUUCGAUAAGGAAGGUAAGGACGAACACCGCAAGGGAUUGCUGACGAUGAAGAUGGCCGAGGGUGCGAAACUUCAAAUGUGCUACCUACUGCAUCAUCUCUACGACGUUCAGCUGAGACAUAGGGUGGAAAGUAUCAUCGCGUUUGCGCACGAUUACGUUUGCGAUCUACAGCAGGAUCAGCUGAGAAGAUACAUUGAGAUCAAACAUUCGGAUCUGCCGAGUGCAGUAGCCGCAAAGAAGACCCGUGAGUUCCGGUGUCCACCACGUGAACAAAUGAAUGCCAUAUUGUGCUUCAAGAACUUGGAAGGCGAGGAUCUGGAGAACUGUUCCUGUGGACCCGAACUUCGCGAUCGUUUGGCCGAAUUCCACGAUAGCCUGAUGGGAAAAGUUUCCCUAAAUGCACUCCAGGAACCGGAAGAGGAAUCAGUCGAUGCGAUAGAGAACGUCAAACCGGGAGUGUUCAAGAAGAUGUCCAACUUCUUCAACGCUGUUAAAGAGUUGGAAAUGGACCCGAAAGAACCGGAGGAAGUCGAAAAGAAGACCCCGGAAGAAGUGUUCAGGAAAGUACUGAUCAAGCAGAUCGUUUCCUGGGCAGAAGAAUCUCAAAUCGAAAACCCGAAACUGGUUCGAGAGAUGUUCGGUCUGUUGGUUAGACAAUACGAUACGAUUGGAGAGCUGAUAAAGGCUAUGAACAAGACGUACGUGAUCAACUCGAAAACAACGGGAGAUGUUGCGAAUAUGUGGAUCGGUUUGAGUCAAAUUCGUGCUCUCUUACCGGUACAGAUGAGUCAAGAAGAGGAAGAGCUUAUGCGUAAGCGUCUAUGGAAGUUGGUAAACAAUCAUACAUUCUUCCAACAUCCGGAUUUGAUUCGGAUCCUGAGAGUUCACGAGAACGUUAUGGCCGUCAUGAUGAACACCCUAGGUCGUCGGGCUCAGGCACAAAGCGAUGCACCGAUGCAGUCUUCUGAAGGCGAGGAGGCUCCACCGAAAGAAAAGGAUACAUCUCACCAGAUGGUAGUGGCUUGCUGUCGCUUCCUGUGCUACUUUUGCCGAACGGGGCGUCAAAACCAACGCGCUAUGUUUGAUCAUUUCGAUUUUCUGUUGGAGAACUCCAAUAUCUUGCUAUCUCGACCGAGUCUUCGUGGUUCUACUCCUUUGGACGUUGCCUACUCUAGUUUGAUGGAAAAUACUGAACUUGCACUGGCUCUUCGCGAACACUACUUGGAGAAGAUCGCGGUAUAUCUAUCUCGGUGCGGGCUACAAAGCAAUUCCGAGUUGAUCGAACGAGGCUACCCGGAUCUUGGUUGGGAUCCAGUGGAGGGUGAACGCUAUCUCGAUUUCCUCCGGUUUUGCGUUUGGGUUAACGGUGAAAGUGUUGAAGAGAACGCCAAUCUGGUCAUUCGCUUGCUGAUUCGUCGUCCCGAGUGUUUAGGUCCUGCGCUACGUGGUGAAGGCGAGGGACUGCUGAAGGCUAUCAUAGACGCUAAUAAAAUGUCGGAAAGAAUCGCUGAACGAAGCAGGAUGGGAGAAGACGCGGAAGGUAUAAUUAGUGGGCUGAACUUUUCCCAUCCGUUGCCGGAGGGAGAUGGUGAUGAGGAUUAUAUUGAUACCGGUGCCGCUAUUUUGAGUUUCUAUUGUACUUUGGUGGAUCUGUUGGGUCGUUGUGCCCCGGAUGCGGCCGUUAUUGAACAGGGUAAGAAUGAGUCUCUACGAGCACGUGCUAUUCUGCGAUCUUUGGUGCCACUGGAAGAUCUUCAGGGAGUUCUUAGUUUGAAAUUUACCCUUACGAACCCUGCGACCGGUGAAGAACGUCCGAAGUCUGACAUGCCUUCUGGACUGGUUCCAGGUCACAAACAGAGCGUAGUACUCUUCUUAGAACGAGUAUACGGAAUUGAAACCCAGGAACUGUUCUUCCGUUUGCUGGAGGAUUCGUUUUUGCCAGAUUUACGAGCAGCAACCAUGUUAGAUCGCAGCGACGGCUCGGAAAGUGAUAUGGCUCUAUCAAUGAAUCGCUAUAUCGGCAACUCUAUCCUACCACUUCUUAUCAAACAUUCGAAGUUCUACAACGAAGCGGAAAACUAUGCUAGUUUGCUUGAUGCCACUCUGCACACCGUCUACCGGAUGUCUAAAAACCGCAUGCUCACCAAGGGACAGCGUGAAGCUGUUUCUGACUUCUUAGUCGCGUUAACCUCCGCGAUGCACCCCGCCAUGUUGCUGAAGCUGCUGAGAAAACUCACCGUAGAUGUGUCCAAACUGUCCGAGUACACUACAGUCGCUUUGAGGCUAUUAACGUUACACUACGAUCGAUGUGCCAAAUACUACGGAACCACUGGCAGCGGCCAAGCAUCCCAGUUCGGUGCUUCUUCCGAUGAAGAGAAACGUCUUACGAUGUUGCUCUUCUCCAAUAUCUUUGAUUCUCUCAGCAACAUGGACUACGAUCCGGAACUGUUUGGCAAAGCCCUACCCUGUCUAAUCGCCAUCGGAUGCGCUCUUCCACCGGACUACAGUUUAUCCAAGAACUCCGAUGACGAUCUGUAUGGUAAACCAACGAGCAGUCCUGAUCAACCACACUACAAUCCUCAGCCGAUCGACACCAACGUGGUGCAGUUGACCAACGACCUUAAUCAGAUUAUUCAAAAGUUCAGUGAACAUUAUCACGAUGCUUGGGCAAGCAAAAAGCUCGAGAAUGGCUGGAGCUACGGUGAUCAGUGGUCCGAUACUAAUAAAACGCAUCCGCGGCUGAAACCGUACACUACACUAAGUGAAUACGAAAAAGAACGAUACAAGGAUCCCGUCCGCGAAAGCUUAAAGGCUCUGAUUGCUCUCAACUGGCGUGUAGAGCAUUCGGAAGGUGACGUCCCACUGUCCAAUCGGGGUUCAAUGCGUCGGCAGUCUAAGCCGAAUCUGGAAUUACAGCCAGACACAGGAUCACCGUUCAACUACAAUCCCCACCCGGUUGACAUGACCAACCUUACGUUGAGCAGAGAGAUGCAGAACAUGGCUGAGCGCUUAGCAGAAAACUCACACGAUAUCUGGGCCAAGAAAAAGUUCGAAGAACUGCACCAAUGCGGUGGCAGUGUCCACUCCCAGCUGGUCCCGUAUGAUCUGCUUACCGAUAAGGAGAAACGCAAGGAUCGUGAGCGAUCGCAGGAAUUCUUGAAGUACCUACAGUACCAGGGAUUAAAAUUACACAAACCAUCUCGUGGAAUGACGGAGGAACCGGGUAUGACUGCAGCUGCCAUCGAAGCCCGGUUUGCCUACUCACUUCUGGAGAAGUUGAUUUCAUACAUUGACCGUGCUACGAUCAACAUGAAGCUACUCAGACCAUCGACGACCUUCAGUCGACGAUCGUCGUUCAAGACUUGCUCCCGGGACAUUAAGUUCUUCUCGAAAGUGGUUCUUCCGCUGAUCGAAAAAUACUACUCCACCAACCGAAACUACUUCAUUGCGAUCGCUACCGCAACCAAUAACGUUGGAGCAGCCUCGCUGAAGGAGAAGGAAAUGGUAGCUGCAUUGUUUUGCAAGCUAGCCAGUUUGCUGCGUUACCGAAUGGCUGCAUUCGGAGCUGACGUGAGGAUCACCGUCCGCUGUCUUCAGGUGCUGGUGAAGAGCAUUGAUGCCAAGUCUCUCGUACGGAACUGUCCGGAAUUUAUCCGUACCUCUAUGUUGACGUUCUUCAACAAUACCAGCGACGAUUUGAGCCAAACCAUUAUUAACCUGCAGGACGGGAAGUAUGAUCGACUGCGUGGUACACACUUGAAGACAUCCACCUCGCUAGCGUACGUUAAUCAGGUUAUAUUGCCGAUUUUGACUUCGCUGUUCGAUCACCUAGCUUCGUGUGAUUAUGGUAGUGAUUUAUUGCUGGAUGAAAUCCAAGUCGCCUCCUACAAGAUCCUCUCCUCACUAUACACCCUCGGAACCGAGGCCACCCUGACAAGAGACCGCAAAUACCUUAAGACCGAAAUCGAACGGCACAAACCUGCCCUCGGUUCGUGCUUGGGAGCAUUCAGCUCGUGCUUCCCAGUUGCCUUCCUGGAGCCUCAUUGCAACAAACACAAUCAGUUCUCGCUGUUGAACCGGAUAGCUGACACUUCCCUGGAAGCGCAAGAUAUCAUGACCAAAAUGGAAGUCUCAAUGCCAACGCUGGAAACGAUCCUGGCCGAAGUGGAUCAUUUUGUAGAAUCGGAGAAAACCUACCAGGAAAUUCAGCAUGUCAUCGACGUCAUCCUACCACUCCUCUGUUCAUAUCUACCAUUCUGGUGGAACCAAGGACCGGAUAAUGUUAGUCCCCAAUCUGGAAACCACGUAACCAUGGUCACUGCCGACCACAUGAACCUGUUACUCAAGAACGUAUUGAAAAUGAUCAAGAAAAAUAUCGCCAACGAAAACGCCCCGUGGAUGACUCGCAUCGCUAGCUUUACCCAGCAGAUCAUUAUCAACAGCUCGGAAGAACUGCUGAAGGAAGUAUUCUUGCCACUGACCGAACGUGCCAAGAAACGUGUGGACAGUUUGUUCCACAAAGAAGAAAGUUUGCGAGGUUUCCUGAAAUCCUCCACCGACGACACUUCCCAGAUCGAAGCUCAAAUCCAGGAAGAUUGGCAACUGCUGGUCCGCGAUAUCUACUCAUUCUAUCCGCUACUGAUUAAGUACGUAGACCUGCAAAGAAAUCACUGGUUGAAGGACAACAUCUCCGAGGCAGAAGAACUGUACAAUUACGUAGCGGAGAUCUUCAACGUGUGGUCCAAGAGCCAGUACUUCCUGAAGGAGGAACAGAACUUCAUUUCAGCCAACGAGAUUGAUAACAUGACCCUGAUCAUGCCGACGACCACUAGACGUACCGCUACCGUUUCCGGUGAAGCUCCUGCAGCUGGUGGCAAGGUUAAAAAGAAGAAACGCUCCCGUGACAAGAAACGUGACAAAGACAAGGAAAUCCAAUCCAGUUUGAUGGUCGCAUGUCUUAAGCGUCUGCUGCCGGUUGGUUUGAACCUAUUCGCCGGUAAAGAGCAAGAACUAGUGCAGCACUGCAAAGAUCGUUAUCUCAAGAAAAUGCCCGAAUACGAGGUAGUCGAGUUUGCACGCACUCAGUUAACUCUACCGGACAAAUUGGAUCCGGCGGAUGAGAUGUCCUGGCAGCACUACUUGUACUCCAAGUUAGGCAAGAAGGAGGACGUUGUUGUUCAGGACACGAUCGAGAAAGCCGACAAGAAACCUGGCAACAAGAUUGAAGACACCGUCGAACGAAUCGUUGCGAUGGCUAAAGUGCUGUACGGAUUACAUGUGAUUGACCACCCACAACAGCAAAGUAAAAACGUUUAUAGAAGUUGUGUCUCGAUACAGAGAAAGCGGGCUGUUAUUGCUUGUUUCAGACAUGUCUCCUUACAUUCACUGCCAAGACAUAGGGCAUGUAAUAUUUUUGGUAGAACCUAUUCGGAACUGUGGCUUGAAGAUGAAAAUGUUGGCCAAGAAGUUAUGAUUGAGGAUCUCACUCAAACGUUCGAGGAUGCCGAGAAAAAGAAGGAGGAAGAAGAGGAAGAGGGCAAACCUGAUCCACUAACUCAGCUGGUGACAACCUUCUGUCGUGGUGCGAUGACCGAACGAAGUGGUGCCCUUCAGGAGGAUCUACUGUACAUGUCCUAUGCUAGUAUCAUCGCUCGUUCUUGUGGCGAGGAAGAAGAGGAAGGCGGUGAAGAAGAGGAAGGUGAUGGUGGUGGUGGAGGAGGCGGCGAAGAGGAAGGUGGAGCUAGCAUACACAAAAUGGAGAGGCUCAUGGAGCAAGAAAUGGAGAAGCAGAAGCUACUCUUCCACCAAGCACGUCUGGCGAAUCGUGGCGUUGCGGAAAUGGUCCUGCUACACAUCUCCGCGGCCAAGGGUAUCCCCUCGGACAUGGUAAUGGGAACGCUACAGCUUGGAAUAGCCAUUCUACGCGGCGGUAACAUCGACAUCCAGUUGGGUAUGCUUAACCACCUUAAAGAGAAGAAAGACGUAGGUUUCUUUGCCUCAAUCGCCGGUCUGAUGAACUCCUGCAGUGUGCUAGAUCUGGAUGCCUUCGAGCGAAACACCAAAGCCGAAGGUUUGGGCGUUGGUGCCGAGGGAGCAGCCGGUGAGAAGAACAUGCAUGACGCUGAGUUCACUUGUGCGCUGUUCCGAUUCAUCCAACUGACCUGCGAGGGUCACAACUUGGAGUGGCAGAACUAUUUGCGAACGCAGGCCGGUAACACAACUACUGUGAACGUUGUCAUCUGUACGGUCGAUUACCUGCUUCGUCUACAGGAAUCCAUCAUGGAUUUCUACUGGCACUACUCGAGCAAAGAAUUGAUCGACCUGGCCGGUAAGGCGAAUUUCUUCAAAGCCAUCGGUGUCGCCAGCCAAGUUUUCAAUACCCUAACUGAAGUGAUCCAAGGUCCGUGUACGCAGAAUCAACAGGCGUUGGCUCAUUCCCGUCUGUGGGAUGCCGUCGGAGGUUUCCUAUUCCUGUUCUCCCAUAUGCAGGACAAGCUUUCCAAGCACUCGAGUCAAGUCGAUCUUCUGAAGGAACUGCUCAAUCUACAAAAGGACAUGAUCACCAUGAUGCUCUCCAUGCUUGAAGGUAACGUGGUCAACGGCACAAUCGGUAAACAGAUGGUGGAUACAUUGGUAGAAUCUGCAUCAAACGUGGAACUUAUUCUGAAAUAUUUCGACAUGUUUUUGAAACUGAAAGAUCUUACCUCGUCGGCGAGCUUCAUGGAGAUCGAUGGCAAUGGGGACGGUUGGAUUCUGCCCAAGGACUUCCGCGAAAAGAUGGAACAGCAGAAAAGCUACACUCCGGAGGAAAUUGAUUUUCUGCUAGCUUGCUGCGAAACAAACCACGACGGCAAAAUUGACUACAUCGGCUUCGUUGAUCGUUUCCAUGAACCGGCGAAAGAAAUUGGUUUCAAUCUGGCUGUACUGUUGACCAACCUUUCCGAGCACAUGCCCAAUGAACCUCGUUUGGCACGCUUCCUGGAGACCGCUGGUUCCGUACUCAAUUACUUCGAGUCGUUCCUCGGCCGUAUCGAAAUCAUGGGCUCAUCCAAACGUAUCGAGCGUGUGUACUUCGAGAUCAAGGAAGCGAAUAUUGAACAGUGGGAAAAACCGCAGAUCAAGGAAUCUAAACGCGCCUUCUUCUACUCGAUCGUCACAGAAGGCGGCGAUAAGGAGAAGCUGGAAGCAUUCGUCAACUUCUGCGAGGAUGCCAUCUUUGAAAUGACUCACGCUUCAGGGCUGAUGGCCAGUGACGACGAUUCUGGUAACGUGCGCCGUGAAGCUGCUUUCACGUACAUUAGCGAAGAGGAGGAAGAACGAGCGGCCAAAGAUCCGAUCAAACGAACAAUUCAAGCCGUCAAGGAUGGUCUGUCCUACUCGAUGUUUAUGAUCUCACCGUCGAAUCUCAAACACCAGGUCACCGUACUGCAGUCGAAAUCAUUCCCAGAAAUCAUCAUCGGCUUUUUCAAGAUGAUAUUCUACGCAUUCUACUACUCGGGUUACGGAGUAUCGAUCGUGAUCAAGUAUUUGGUAAAUAUUCUUAUGUCACUAAUGCGUGGAUCGGCGCAGGAAGAAGAAGAGGUGAUUCCGGAGGCAGAACCCCCGUUAGCGUUACCACCGCUGCCAAUGGAGGAACCACCAGGUACAGUGCAGGCAUUCGGAUUGGAUAUAAGCAAGGAAGAAAAUGGACAGUACCGUGUACAGCCGCACGAAUCACCUGCCUUAAGUCCAUCGUCAUCGGUGGAAGAGACGGGCGAGAGCAGCCCCGAGGAAGGUGGUGGUGAACCAUCAACCGAACUGGCCAGCACCGAAUCUCCUAUGACUCUGGUCGAUCUGCUCGGUGGCGAGGCUGCAAAACGAGCUGCUCAGGAACGAUCGGAGGCUCAGAAAGCCCAGGAAGCUACACUGGCUAGCAUAGAUGCUGAAUCGAAGAAAGCUUCCGAGGAAACCAAGGAACCGGCUGCCGUGAAUCAGAUCGAUUUCUCCAAAUACACGAAGAAGGCUGUCAGCUAUUUGGCCAGAAACUUUUACAAUUUGAAGUAUGUGGCUUUGGUGCUGGCUUUCUGCAUCAACUUCAUGCUGCUGUUCUAUAAGGUGACGACAUUCGGGGACGAGGAAGCUGCGGAAGGAUCCGGAGAAGACUUAAUGGGAUUGGCAUCGGGACUUGGCUCGGGACUAGUGGAUGCUGCUCUAGAAGCAGGAAGUGGUGAAGGUGGCAGUGGAGAAGGUGGCGAAGAUGCUGAAGAUCCCCUGGAGAAGGUUGAAGUAGAUGAAGACUACUUCUACAUGGAGCACGUGAUGCGGGUUGCUGCUAUAUUGCACAGUUUAGUAUCACUCUGUAUGUUGAUUGCCUACUACCAUUUGAAAGUGCCGUUGGCUAUAUUCAAGCGUGAAAAGGAAAUUGCACGGCGACUGGAAUUCGAUGGUCUAUUUAUUGCCGAGCAGCCCGAAGACGACGACUUUAAGUCGCAUUGGGAUAAAUUGGUUAUAUCCGCCAAGACAUUCCCCGUUAACUACUGGGAUAAAUUCGUAAAGAAGAAGGUCCGACAGAAGUACAGUGAAACUUAUGAUUUCGAUUCGAUCUCGAACCUGCUAGGAAUGGAGAAGAAUGCUUUUGCUGCCCAGGAAGAAAAGGAAGGUGGAGGCUUUUUCCACUUCAUUACUAAUAUCGACUGGAGAUAUCAAAUUUGGAAGGCCGGGGUGACCUUCACCGAUAAUGCUUUCUUGUAUUCGUUGUGGUAUUUCUCCUUCUCGGUUAUGGGCAAUUUCAACAACUUCUUCUUCGCAGCUCACUUACUCGAUGUCGCAGUUGGUUUCAAGACGCUUCGUACGAUCUUGCAAUCUGUAACGCACAACGGAAAACAGCUCGUCUUGACAGUGAUGUUGCUGACGAUCAUCGUAUACAUUUAUACGGUUAUCGCGUUCAACUUCUUCCGCAAGUUUUACAUUCAGGAGGAUGAUGACGGUGAAGAGGGUGAUCGCAAGUGUCACGACAUGGGUACCUGCUUUGUCUUCCAUCUGUACAAGGGUGUCCGAGCUGGUGGUGGUAUUGGUGAUGAAAUUGGUGAUCCAGACGGCGAUGACUACGAAGUGUAUCGUAUUCUCUUCGAUAUCUCGUUCUUCUUCUUCAUCAUCGUUAUCCUGCUUGCCAUCAUCCAAGGUUUGAUCAUUGACGCUUUCGGUGAGCUUCGUGAUCAAUUGGAGUCGGUCAAGGAGGACAUGGAGUCUAACUGCUUCAUAUGCGGUAUAGGCAAAGACUACUUUGAUAAGGUACCCCACGGGUUCGAUACGCACGUUGCUCAAGAGCACAAUCUGGCGAACUACAUGUUCUUCCUUAUGCAUUUAAUCAACAAACCGGAUACUGAAUACACCGGUCAGGAAACGUACGUGUGGAACAUGUACCAGCAAAGGUGCUGGGACUUCUUCCCGGUUGGUGAUUGCUUCAGGAAACAGUACGAGGACGAACUGAGUGGUGGGGGCAGUUAAUUGUUGUAGAAACAAUACUCAAACCAAGGACAGUGAACAAACGAACAAGAAAACAAACCAAACAAUCAUCAAAUGUAGGACAUACUUUUAAAGACAUUUUUUUCUGAAUCCGUUUUAAAAAUUGCAAAACAUAUUCCAAAAAUCUUAUUCUUCGAAACUACUACCAGUUUUUGAUCACCCAUUUGAAAUUUUUUUGCGAAGAUCAACCAGCAAAAUAUAGACACAAACUUAAAUGUAGUAGGGAUAGUUGUAAUUGUGGAAAUAUUCAUUUUCGACACUCAAAACUUGGCAGUACGUGAUUAAAUAAGAUGCACGAAUCGACCAACUCAGCACUACGUGUAAAUGUACUUUGAACGAAGACGAUCUUUUAUUUCGAGAAAUUCAACUGACGAUUUUUAUUAUUCAAUGAUGAAAAUCGUUGAUAAUUUUUUGUUAUUUAGACUUUUCAUAUUUUACGCUGCCAUCGAUUGGAAGAGGAGCAUAAUUUAGGUCAAAGAUGGAGAAAACAGUUAUUAGUUAUUCAUACAAUUUUUAUCUAGUUAAAGAGAUUUUAAAUAGCCUAAUAAAACAGAUCGAUUACUUACGAGUAUAAUAUAA